AUGUUGAUACUUUCUUCCGAUCUCAGCCUUACUCUUAAGCAAGAUUUUGCUGAAGAGAUUCCAAUGAUCUUGUGUAGAUUACAAGAAAGAACUCCGUUACAUAUAUUGGAGCUUGUUGAUGUUCUUGUUGAGAGGCCUUCUCAAUAUGCGAAGAGAAUUGGUGAAAUAUCUUCAAUCUUCAAGAACUUACAUCACCUUCUCAAUUCCUUGAGGCCUCACCAGGCGAGAGCAACGUUUAUUCAUAUUAUGGAACUCCAAAUUCUGCAGCGGAAACAAGCCGUGGAGGACAUUAAGAGGAGGAGAGAAGAAGCACAGCGACUUCUGAAGGAUGCUUUCGUCACUUUAGAUGGACAAUAG